AGUGGUGGGUUAGGAAUAUAGAUCCUCUGGCCACAGUGCAAAAAAUGAAUUGGAGAUUCCAGGACAAGGACCAUGGAGGAGCUAGAAUAAUAAAGUGCAUGCACCACAAGUGCCAUUGUGGUAAGGAUGUUGACAUGUAGCUUAGCCCAGCUUGUGUGGGAUGGAAAACAGGGCCCCGAGACCCUGCAUGAAGCUCCUGAACUGCAAUGGGCAGCAAACAUUACAGCCUCAUUCAUCCCUUCACUCAGCAAGUAUGUGCUGAGCACCUACUGAGUGCCAGAUACUGUCUUGAUGCCAGGGAUUCCACAGUGAUCCCUGAACCCCAUGCAGCUCUCCUUUUAGUGGGGUGGCUACGCCAUAAAUGAAUAAAUGUAUAUGUCAGGGUUGUAUCACUAGAAAGAUGAUUGUUCCAACCCAGGUGAGAGGGGACAAUAAAGGCCAAUAUCCACUGCUGUAACUCACGUUUCAGAAAUUUGAUCACCAAAUCAACAGUGUUAAGGGGAAGAACAUUUAAGAGGUGAUUAGGUAGAUGGUAGAGCACUUGCCUAGCAUGCAUAAGGCUCUGGAUUUGAUCCUCAGCACCACAAAGAAAAAAAAAGGUGAGUCCAGCCCCCUCUGGUGUGUAUGCUUUUUUGCCCUCUCUUCCACCUUGCUAUGUAAUGACACACUGAGAAGGUCCCCAUUGAGGUCCCUCAAUCUUGGACUUCCCAGCCUCCAGAACCAUAAGCCAAAUAAAGUUCUUUUCUUUAUAAAUUAACUAGUCUCUUGCAUUGUCAUAGUAGCACCAAAUGGACUAAGACAACCUACCAAGGAAGUAGAGCCAGAAUUCAAACGAAAGAUCGUGUGGCUUUAGGUCUAUGGACCUUCAGCUACUGUUUUUUGUUGUUUUUUAAAGAGUGUCCCCAGGCUGGCUUUGAACUUGUGAUCCUCCUACCUUAGCAGGCAUGUGCCACCACACCCAGCUUAGGAACUGCCUUACUGAAGAGUUUGUUUUAAAGCAAGUUUCCAGUUCCCGACAUGCUCGUUUGAGCUACUCUGCUGGCAGAUUUUCUUAACUAGUCACUUCCCAAGAAAUUCAGCUCCUGGGGUCAAAUCCUGGCUUCCCCAGAAGCAUUUGGUAAGGUUUUGGGAGGCUGAUGCAACUAUCCCGUUGACUCCUACCCACUGUGCCCUCCAAACUUAGCUCCUAGGGGUAUACAAGAUCCAGCCACCUAGCUUGUCAUGAAGUAGGGCUGGAAGAUGGGACAAAACAGGGAAUAUUUAGUAGGUGGCUGAGUGUCAUUAUCCCUGAUUUACAUAGAAAGAUACAUACAUAGUUACUUUUUUUUUAAUAAAAUAAAAUUUGGGGAGCUUUGUGGUUCUAGUUAUGAUUCUAAAAUCCUAUGACAUGUGAGAGGAUCCUAAGGCCCAGCAAAACGUGGAAAUUCUACAAUUCUCAAGAUCCUAAGCCUGUGCUGCAAUGAACUCGGUGUGAGCAAGAGCUGGUUCCUGACCCUGUGCCAGAGUACUGGGGGCAGGCACCACUCAGGAAUCCCUCUCCCAGCUCUACCUCCCAAACCUGCUGGAGAACACCAUCCUGGCUUCCCCCACGGCCUUGGUAGGCGGGAACCAGGACAGCCUAGGGGCGGGACCGGAGUUAGGGGGAGGAGAGCCCCAGGUCCCGCCCAGAAGCAGACUCGCAGACUUCCCUGUCCAUCUGCAGAAGGCAGCCUGGGUGAGAGGCUCUGGCGGAGGCGUACGCCAGAGCCAUGGGGUCGGGGCGCGACGCCAUCCUGGAGGCACUGGAAAACCUGACCGCUGACGAGCUUAAGAAGUUCAAGAUGAAGCUGCUGUAUGUGCCACUGCGUGACGGCUACGGUCGCAUCCCCAGGGGGAUGCUGCUGCCCAUGGACGCCUUAGACCUCACCGACAAGAUUGUCAGCUUUUACCUGGAGGCCUAUGGCUCGGAGCUCACGGCCACCGUGCUGCGAGACAUAGGCAUGCAGGAGAUGGCGGAGCUGCUGGAGGUCAAGCUCACGGUUCCUCCUGCCCUGAAAAUAAGGCUCCUCUGCUGGGAAAGGCACUUCCUGCUCGGCCCCGAAUUUAGGGGCCCCCACUUCUUUAGUUUGGCUCAUUUCUUUACAGCCAGCGGAGCUAAACCUGCUGAAAUCAAGGCCCCUCUUCAGACAGCAGCCAAGUCAAGAGAAGCACCCAAGUCAGCCAUACACUUCGUGGACCAGCACCGGAGAGCACUCAUCUCCAGGGUCACAGACGUGGAGGGGGUUCUGGACGCGCUGUAUGAGGACAGGGUCGUGUCGGAGGAGCAGUACCAGGCAGUGCGGGCAGAGAGCACCAACCCAACCAAGAUGAGAAAGCUCUUCAGCUUCACACCCUCCUGGAACCAGGCCUGCAAGGACCUGCUCCUCCAGGCCUUGAGGGACACCCAGCCCUUCCUGGUGGAGGACCUGGAGAAGAGCUGAGGCGUCUUCCCCAGCAACAGCCCACUGGUCCACUACUGGCAACCCCACUUAACCCAUGUUUCUUUUUAUAUACAAUAUAUGAAAAAAUAGCUUGUACUUGUUUCUCCUACGCCCUGCUGGCAUGUGGAGGCACGAGCUGGGGUGCAGACUGGGAGGUAGCUCAGUGUGAGGCAAAGUAUGUGGUUGGCAUGCACAAGGCCUGAGUUCCAACUCUGAACCAAAAAUGCACACAGGCUCAAGUGAUGCUCUGACAUCACUGUUCCUAGGCUAUUAGGCUCCUCAAAUGCUUUCUGGUUACCAUAUGGUGGCUCUUCCCAUCUUAUCCCAGAGUCUACCCUUGAAAUUAUACAUAAUACCCCCAUGGCCAGGGUAGAGUUAAAACAGGAGACUCUGCAAAAGGGCCUGGAACAGUGGGGAACCAGACUUGUCUAAGGCAUUUACAUAAUAGACCCUACACCUUUCACCUUUUCCACAGGGGGGAAAACUCCUGAAUUACAGCUAUUUUAGGGAAGAGAAAUUAGCAUCAUCCAAACAUAAAACAGAACAAGCCACCAAAUAGAAUUCUGUGAUUGUUUCUAGCACAGGAACUAGCAGACCUCUGUGUUCCCUCUGGUCCACCCCAUCCCUGGACCCCAUAACUGGAAAGGGUUAUAGGUUACACUUUGCACAGAAAACAUGUCAACCACAAAAGGAAACUUUCAAAAAGUAAGUUGUGGUAGCUAAUUCUUCUCUUGAUGCCAUUUUUGCCUAUAAAAGGAAACACAAGUAUUUUUCUCCAGGAUAACAGUAUUAAGGAGUCUCUGUGAAGGCUAAAGCUAUAUCCUAAGCACACUUUGUACCCAUCCCUUUCUGGCCUUUAAAGGGGAAUGAAGAUUUGCAAAGCAACCAGCAGGUACUACCUACCCAGGAUACGCUAAGAACCUGGAGCCUAAUCCACAGACAACCAUUUCCCAACUUUACUACCCCCACCAGGCUUAGUUCUAACCUCUUACCUCCAACAGGCCUCCUAACUGGCCCUGUCUCUAGUCUACCUACAAGAGCCUGAGUAACUGAAACUGAUGGUGGGAAAGGACUGUCAUACAGGUACACACCUAAACUUCUUCCAGCCUAACCCUUAAUCCCAUCCAACCUCUUCUCCCACCCCUCUCCUUACAUAGCCUUCUCCCACCAAUACUAUUUGCUCACACCCAGCUCCAAGCACUCAUCAUCACACAUGCCAAAGUCCUUUAGUUCUGGACAGCCAAGGAAUUUCCUACCCAUCCCAGCAUGCUCAAAGGUAUGCCUUUCUCUGGCUCAGAUGGUACAUUCCAUACAGUGUCUCUGGGGCAAACCAAACCAUUGUCAUAGUCUUGUUUAUAUAGGGCCCCUCCAUUAGACCAAGCUUCAGUUAAGACCUUUUUUUCAACCUCUAUACAAAUGCCUUUUAAAAGUUUUUGAAAGUUUCACAGGACUACCAAGCACAGUGGCUCACACCUGUAAUCGCAGCUACUUGCAGAGAUUGGGUGGACCAUGGUUGAGGCUAGCCUGAGGUAAGUUAUUGAGACCGUAUCUCAACCAACAGCUGGAUGUGGUGGUACAAGUCUGUCAGCCCAACUACACAGGAAGCAUAAAUAAGAGAUCAAAGUUCAGGCUGGCCCUAGCAUAAAACAAGACUCCUAUUUCAAAAGUAAAAGCAAAAUUGGCUAGGGGGCGUGGCUAAAGUGGAAGAGCUCCUGCCCAGCAAGCUUGAGGCCCUCAGUCCAAGCCCCAGUACCACCAAAACAAAAUCUUCACAGGAACCUAAUGGUUCUCAUGAGAUGGGGCCAUAGGUGACAUUUCCCUGUACAACAGCUAUCCUUUUUUUUUUUCUGGCAGCACUGGGAUUUGAACUCAGGGUCUCAUGCUUGCUAGGCAUGACUUUUACAACUUGAGCCACUCUGCCAGCCCAACUAUUCUUAAGUAGCUACAGCUAUCCUUAAGUAGCUACAAACACCAGUGCAAUCCUAAACCAACAUCGUUUUAAGAAAUAGCUUCCCUAAGUAUAGCCAGGGGCUGUGAUAGUUUGAAGCCAACCUGGGUUACACACAGUAAGACCCUGAGUCAAAAAACCAAGAUAAAAAAUUUCUUGGGAGCUCACUUUUCUCUGGGGGUGGGCUAACUCAUUUCUACCUGAAGUCUCAGAUUUUUGUCACAACAAUGGUUAAAAGCAAAAGUUCUACAAAGGAUAAAAAUCUCAAGUGUGGAGGCAAGUCUCAAGGUGUAUAGUACCUGCCUAACAAGCACAAGACAAUUAAGUUCAAACCUCAGUUGGGGGUGGGGGGUGAAGGUACUGAUCAAAUGGGACAAAGAAAUGAGUUCAUGUGGCUGAGAGCAUGCCUAGCAAGUGCAAGGUCUUGAGUUCAAACCCAGUACUGAAACUCCCCCACCACCACCAAAAAAAAUUCAAAUUCCAGCUCCACCUCACACUAGCCAGUUGGUGACUCAACUCCUCCUCUGCAAAGUGGGAACAGGACACAGCCCUUCACCUACCAGCAACUGGCACAUAGCAAAUACACCUGUAUGUCAACAACUCCCUCCAGUAAACACCUCUCAGGCAGACCCAAUUCUCACUGGAGCCAGACAGGUAUUUCCCACAUCCCUAACUGUGGUGAAAACUCCCUACAUGAUGCCCCAGAUCUCUCCAACAAAAACUUUAAAACCCAGAGGGAAAAAAAAACAUCUAAAACAAUUUUUGAGGCAGGGUCUCACUAUGUAGCCCAAGGCUAAGAUUCAAAUAUGUCAUCUUCCUGCCUUAGCCUUCUUGAGUGCUGAGAUCACAGGUGUAUGCCACCAUAGUAACUAACAACAAACAUUCCUUGUUCAAAUCUUCCAUCAAGAGUCAGAAAACUUAGAACAAGCAAAAUAGAAGCCAGCACUAGCUAGGUUUAGUGCCAGCAACAAGAACCCAAAUGCAGGACAUAGUCUUCUUUCUUCUUAGCUCCUAGACGACACUAUUUAUGUAUAAAGUUUUGCACAAAACCAAGAUCCCCUUCAGGGAGAAAGUGGAGAGAAUAAGCAGGAAUUGAGCUAACAUACUCUCCAGCAUCACUCUAAAAGGGCUACUGAACCAACAGCAUUAGCACCACAAGAGCUUAGAAUCUACAUUUUACAUGCAUUUAUCUACAUCUUUACAUACACACACACACACAAACACACAGAGUACAUCCCUACUCCAAAAAUUCAAAAUGCUCCAAAGUUCGGAACUUUUGUUAGUACUAACAUGAUUCACAAGUGGGAAAUUCAACACCUGACCUCACAGGUCACAAACUAGAGGCACACUAAAAAUUACUGUAGGAAAUUACCUUCAGAUUGUAUGUGAAAUAUAUAUAUGAAACAUUAGUGAAUGUCAUGUUUAAACCUGAGUCCCAUCCCCAAGAUACCUCAUGUUGUAUAUGUAAAUAUUCUAAAACGUGACAAUAACCUGAAAUCCAAAAUAUUUGUUUGUAGGUGUUUUGGUUAAGAUACUCAACCUGUGUAUUUAACUUAGAAAAGAAGACUUGGCUCUAACUUUCUCCAACUGACAGAUUUUCAGUGGCCUUCCCACAUGUCUGGAGACAUGCAUUUUAGUUUUUACUCAGGCACAGUAAACAGAAUGGGCCAGCUUUUCCUUUUGGUUUGGGAAAAUCAAAACAAGCAAAAAAAAAAGUGUCCAGCCUAGGAUGUGACAGCCAGGUUCCUACUCUGACUGGGUUGCAGAAAAGCCCUAAAAUCACUGCACUGAACAGCUACAGAAUCUACCAACUGUGCAACACUGCCACCUCUUGGUGGCAGCCCGGAAAAUAGUUGCUGCUCCCUUCAAAGUUUGCUCAUGCCCUCCACCUCACCCUAGACCUGCCUGCCACUUAAGAUGUCUACUUUGGUCCCCCACUACAGGACUAGCACUCUUUGAGGUGGCAUAGCACAUCCCAAAUCCUCAACCCAAUAGCAUAAAGCUCCUUCCCCACCUUCAGCCCCAACCUCAUUAUUCUCAACUGUCCCACAGUUAACAGAGCCCUUUCCCUGGCACCUACAGCCCCAAAAUUCAGGAUACCACCACAAUCUGAUGAGACAUGAGAGAACUAUCAACCAAGGAAUUAUUUCUUCCCAACCCAACAAAUACUAGGAAUUUUAGACUCAAAACUGUGCCGACCACCAAAAAGGCCCUAGGUGAUAAUCAAGAUAAACUUGACUAUACUGUUUCUAUGCCAGUGUCACGAGGACUACAUUUACAGAGGGAGAUAAACAAUGUAACUUGCAGAAACUCUUAAGUCUAAAAUCAUUUCAAGAUAGUUUAAAAAGAUGAAGGGAAAGAGGCUUUCUAAGUACUGAGGAUCCAAAGGGAGAGUUAUAAAGAGACUACUGGAGAAGAACGAUGGCUGAAGGACCCCACACCUGAGUACUGCGUUUCCUUGCAGACUAGUAUAGGAAAUGAGGUCUGGUUUCAGACCCCCUGGUAGCUGGUUAAGGAUAAGAAGUAUUACCCAGCAUGGUUACAUGUCUUAAUCACACAGCAUAUAGGAAGGAGGCUGAAGCAGAAAAUUUGAGGUCAGCCUGGGCUACAGAUCAAGGCAGUCUAUUUUAAAAGGAAAAAAAAAACUCACACUUGUAAAACUAGCAUUUAUUAAGAUCUAAGGGCUGGGCGCCAGUGGCUCACACCUAUAAUCCUAGCUUACUCGAGAGACAGAGAUCAGGAGGCUCUAGGCUCAAAUCCAGCACCAGCAAACAGCUCGAGACCCUAUCUCAAAAAAACUAUCAGAAAAAAGGGCUGGUGGAGUGACUACAAGGUGCAGGCCCUGAGUUCAAACCCCAGUACCACAAAAAAAGCAUCUAAGGUAACAAGUGUUAUACGGAUAAAAGAAUCCCUAACGUUGUUGGUGGAACGUAGAUUUUAGUCGUUAUGUAAGACAAAAAACUAGAAGUACCACACAUUCCAGCAAUACCACUUCUGCGUAGGUAUUCAAAAGACUUGGAACUCAGAAUGUCAAAAGAAAUGUCUGCACUCCCAUAUUCUUUGCAUUAAUAGCUGAAAUAUGGAAACAAAAAUGACAAUAGGUGAAUGUGGUUUUGAAUCUGGUAUAUACACAAUGAAAUCUGUUCAGUCCUAAAAAAAGAAAUUGUCAUUUUGUGUAUGAUCUCAUGUAUAUGCAUCUUAAAAAGGUGAAAGAACUGAAGUAGAAUGAGGCUGGGGGAGAGGGAAAGGGUUGUUUGUUGGUCAAAGGGUAAAGAGUUCAUUGAGGAGAGGAGGAACCAGUGUUGGUGAUAUACUGCACAGUAAGGUAACUAUCGUUAAUAGAUUAUAAGGCUGAUGGUAUAGCUAAAUGCUAGACCUGUGCUUGGCAUGCCUGAGGUCCCGGUUGAAUUCCCUACACCAUAAAAUAAUGAAUUAUACAUUUCACAAUUGGUAAGAGAGGAUUCCUCUCUCCCAUCCAGUAUUCGGACUGAACUCAAGAGCCUCACACUUGCUAGGCAAACACCACCACUUGACAUACGCCAAGUUCUUUUGCUUUUUUAGUUUCAGAUAUGGUCUUGCUUUGACUAGAUUGACCUCAAACGGAGAUCCUUCUACCUCACUUCCCUAGUAGCCGAGAUUACAAGUUAUAACUGGCGUAAGAGUGGAUUUUGAAUGUUCUCACCACAAACUAUAUGAGGCAAUGGGAUGUUAACUAGCCCAACUGAGUCAAAAUAUCACACUGAACACAAUAUAUAAUUGUCAAUUAAAAGUUAGUGUUUUGUGUGUAUGAUACUGGGGACUGAACCCCAGGGUAUGGCUCUAGGCAAGCACUGUAAAGAUAAAACUUUUUGUCAAACAAGACUAUAGUCUGAAAAAACAUGCCCAAAGGUACAAUCAGUGUGUCAAAUCUCAGGGGCUGGAUCCUAGACCUUAGAACUCUUGGUCAAUCCACUCUUUUACUAACAACCCCAGCAUUAUACUCAAGUUACUGAAACUCAAGCAGCCCUUGCAUGUGUUGGGGAAAGCUGAAGAGGCUAACCAGCAACUAAAACAACCUGCAGCACACCUUUUUCCACCCACAACCUACCUGUAGGCUUCUUCCCAGUUUGUCCCAAUUACAAUCUCAAUGCACAAAAGAGGAACACCUAGUACAUCAAGAAUGCAAACUGUUUUCAAUAAUUUAGUAAUGCUAGGCACCAGUACCUCACACCUGUAAUCCUACUUCAUGAGGCAGAAAUCAGGAGGAUCAGUUUGAAACCAGAAAUGGCUGGUGGAGUGGAUCAAGUGG